AUGGUGCUUCUCAUCGCCCUAUUGUUCCUCCAGGCAUUUUUGAACUAUGGCGCCUUUGCUUUACCGACACCGAAUGCAUUUGGAGCAGCAAUGUUACCUGGACCCAUUAUGGAAACAUUUCCUGCUACGAGAACUCCGUUCAUUAACAGCAUACAAGUAACGCCAACGAUUUCUGAACUGGUGCCUUCGCUGCAAUAUGGGGAUCUAACAAUGGGAGGGGAGUUACCAAUUGGCGGUACCAUCAAAGUUUGUGGUUGUUUCCCCGUUUAUGGCAUGAUUGCAGUUGAUGGCGCUCUACCUUCUGCUGGGACAGCAGUAGUCGACGACAUGUUUGGUAGACAAGCGUUUGAAGUUAGAUGCGGAAAUCCAUUCUUU